AAUAUAAACACUUGCUCGUAGCAAUACAGAGUGACAAGACGAACCCUCAAGCCUAAACCCCUAAAACCCCAACAGCCCGCCCGCACACAAAGUCAAUCUCUGUCUCUCUCUCUCUCGAUGCUUGGUAUCUAGCUGCUGAGAUGAAAGCUCUGAGAGUUCUGAGAACCCUCUCUUCAAAACCCAGCAAAACCCCAUUAAACCCAGCCUCCUUGUUCCACCGGUUCUACGCAGCUCAGCCGCAAGAGGACGACUCCGGUCACAACCCAUCUUUCUCAGACCCCGAAAAUGGUUCAGACUCGGUUUUUGACAGUACCCAUUACGCCAUACCAUCCGUUGGUUCGGAUUCCAAACACAAACCUCCUCAGAAGCCGACUUGGGACAACAAGUACAGAUCAAAAGCUAAUAAAUUGAUUGGGGUGGACACCCAGAAGGAGAAAUUGAAGCGUUUGGAGGAAGAGGAGGAGCAAAAGAGUAGAGUGCUUGCUAAGGCGCUUCUCGAGGCGGCAUUGGAGCGCGCAGAUGAUGAGGAAUCAGGGGAUGAGGAGGAAAUGGUGAAGGAGGAGGACCAAAAGGCGCUGUCUGUAGGGAUAAUUGGUGCUCCGAAUGCCGGAAAGUCUGCUCUGACCAAUUAUAUGGUUGGGACGAAGGUUUCCGCUGUUUCACGGAAGACAAACACCACAACUCAUGAAGUAUUAGGAGUUAUGACAAAAGGAGACACACAAAUUUGUUUCUUUGAUACUCCAGGUCUUACAUUAAGCAACAAGGGAUGUCCUUACAAGGAUUUCAAGGUUCGCGUAGAAAGUGCUUGGAGUUCAGUUACUUUAUACGAUGUGCUCAUAGUUAUAUUUGACGUCCAUAGGCAUCUUACCAGGCCUGAUGUAAGGGUUAUAGGAUUGAUCAAGCGUAUGGGAGCACUACCACACCCAGUACAAAAGCGAAUUUUAUGUAUGAACAAGGUUGAUUUAGUUGAGAAGAAGAAAGACUUGUUAAAGGUUGCUGAGGAAUUCAAAGAUCUUCCUGGUUAUGAAAGGCGUUUCAUGAUUUCUGGUCUGAAGGGCUCUGGAGUGAAAGAUCUUACUCAAUAUUUGAUGGAUCAGGCCAUUAAACGGUCUUGGGAUGAAGAUCCAUUCAUCAUGACUGAGGAAGUUAUGAAGAAUAUAUCAUUAGAAGUUGUCCGAGAAAGGUUGUUAGACCAUGUGCAUCAGGAAAUCCCAUACACUAUUGAACAUCGGUUAAUGGACUGGAAGGAGUUGCGAGAUGGCUCUCUUCGGAUUGAACAACAUCUUAUCACGAACAAAUUAAGUCAACGCAAGAUUCUUGUAGGAAAGAAGGGCAAUAAAAUAGGGAGAAUUGGCAUGGCAGCUAAUGAGGAGCUACGGUCCAUCUUCAAGAGGGAUGUCCAUCUCAUUCUCCAGGUUAGACUUAAAUGAUACAUUGGAAAAUCGAGUUGAAUGUCAAGAAGGGAUACGAUCCAUCAGGAGAUGGAAGCGCACCUUAUUUGUAAGGUCAGACUUAACGACAAGUUUAGUCAAUAGAGUUGAAUAUCAAAAAUUGCAACCCUUUGAUCCACCCUAUUUUGAAGUGUAUAUAAAGGAAGUUUCAUCAACUUUAUGAAGGCCAUCUAGUGUUGUAGCUUUGAGUGGCAGAAACUUUGUCAGCUUUAGUUUGGGGAUGAAGGCGGGUGACGAAUAACUGGAAGACCCCAACUUGGCAGGCAAACACAUUAGUCCCGAAAUUUUUGAGAAUAUACAAUAGCAAGUCUCUUGAUCUUUUCAUCAUAUACUAACCCUUUGUUUUUUUGUUUUUUUUCUUCCCUUAAAUAUGUGCUUAUGUACGAACAUAGGAACAUAAGAAAGCUUAAGCUACGUUCUUUCAUUUGAUUUUAAUUUGAACUUGUACCUUUUAUAUUAUACUGUUCGAAAUCCU